AUGAAGCGUCCUGUGUUAUUGCUAUUAUAUUUAUUUGUAGUUGUAUACUGUGAAGAUUUUAGAAGUUGCUUCAAACGAGUAUCUCGAAGAUCCAUUGGAAAUUAUGCCCCGAUUGCGGAAUAUCGUCGCACCGCUCUCACAAUGUGUACACAACACUGUAUAAUGGCAGCUGGAAAUGGCCCAGAAGGGGGUUCCAUCUGCAAAGCUUUCACAUACGAAGUUGAAAAGCAGUUGUGCAAAUUGUAUGAUAACGACGGUCACAAGAUCCCUGCUGUUAUUCAUCCAAUCAUUGGAAUCGACAUUUUCUACAGAACUUCGGAUAUGGGAGAAUGUGCAGGACCCAUGAGUGGUCAGCAUAUGAAUCCAAACUUUGUCAAGUUGAAUAACGGCAAAAAUAGUUUGAAAAAUACGUUGGACAAGAGUUCAAAUUUCAAGAUAUCUGAUCUACCAAAUCCUGUGAACGACCAGUUCAUGCAGAAGACAAAAGCCAUGGCUGCUCCAAUGGUAAGAAUGGAGGACAUGGACGAAGUUUUGAGAUCAAAGUUGAGAGGAGAAGAUGCGCUUGUCCCGAUGUCACAAAAAGAUACGGAAGAGAGGAAGGAGUUUGAAAAGACCGAUGGCUCAUUGAAAUGCAAAACAUCCAGUGGAUAUUACGUAGUUGUCGGAAACGAGAUCGUUUUGCCGAUAAGCGGCGGAGAUGUGCGGGUGUAUAAUGAAGUGGAGCAGGGAGAUUGUGCCAAGUACUGCAGUGAGAACAAAGGUCCCGAUGGAUCCUCCAUCAGUUGCCGCUCUUUGAACUAUUUCCCCGUGGAGAGGAAGUGCGAGUUGUACGGAAUAUUGGCAGAACCACAUGGUUCAGGAAAACUUUUAGAGAACGAAAAAGUUAUUUACGCAGAAAAGUUCUGUCUACCAGAAUCCCCAUUCGUUUGUCAAAAUGAUGAGAUCUUCAUCCUCCACGUCCAAAAAACCAUUUCAAAGCUUCAUCGAAUUGCAACCAAAUCUGCGGGCUCAAUUACCGAUUGCUUACGCGUAUGCCUGGAGCAUGAUGAUUGCAGGAGUUCUGUUUACACAUCGUCUUCUAAGAAUUGUUACCUUCAUAAUGUUGAUGUUUCCUCUGGAGAUUACGCACGUGAUUCUGAUCGAGAAACCGUGCUCAUUGAGAAUGGAUGUAGAAGGAAAGGUGUAACUCCAAAGAGGAAAAACAGCCCGUCGCUUUCGACAAUUCUUGAUACUUCCUCGUCUGAGACAUCGUCAUCUGGUUCCACUGGAGGCUGGUCUGGAUGCGACUACAAAAUUAACGGAGAAACAGUCCGAGUCCGGACAAAUGACGACGGCGACAUGGAGACCGAAGUUUGCUGA